CAGGAACUUCCUGAUCUCGCGGGAGCUCGAGGCGUGACUGCCACGUCCCAGCACACGGAGAACCGAGAGGAUCCCGGAGCCGGUGAGGACUCCCCGCCGCUGCCUUGCGGCGCUUUGCAGGCCUUUCCCCCCUCGCCCCAACCGUGGGCCAUAGAGACGAGGGCCCAGAGAGACCGUGGAGCUGCGGAUCGCAGGCUAGAGCGGUGUCGGUGGGGGGGAGGGGGUCUGCAUCCGGGUGGGGUGUCGGGAGCGAGAGAACCCGCUUUGGGGACAAUGUGAGACGGGGGCGAGCCAUCCAGGGGUGGCGGAAGGGCACAAGUGCAGGGAAGCGGACCCCGCUUAGGGAGAAGAGUCGUCGUCUGUCCCUCCGGUCAGCGCGAUGGCCGAGGGCCUCCGGGUCCCCCGCUGGGUGGCUGUGGGACUGCUGACCUGGGCGGCUAUGGGGCUGCUGGUGGCUGGACACGGGGGUCAUGGUGACCCGCACCAAGACGUGGAAGAGGACUUCCAUGGCCACGGGCACGGGCACUCACCUGAGGAUUUCCACCAUGGCCACAGCCAUGCCCAUGGCCAUGGCCACACUCAUGAGAGCAUCUGGCAUGGGCAUGCCCACAGCCACGACCAUGAACAUUUACAUGAGGAUUUGCAUCAUGGCCAUAGCCAUGGUCACUCCCAUGAUAGCGUCCACCACAGAGGACAUGGACUUGCCCGUGAACGUAGCCACGGAGCCUCUCGGGAGACGGGGGCUCCAAGCGCCAAGCACCACCUGGACACUGUCUCUCUUUGGGCCUAUGCCCUGGGGGCCACAGUGCUAAUCUCUGCGGCUCCGUUCUUCGUGCUCUUCCUCAUCCCAGUGGAGUCCAAUUCUCCCAGGCAUCGCUCCCUGCUCCAGGUCCUGCUCAGUUUUGCCUCUGGGGGGCUCCUGGGUGAUGCCUUCCUGCACCUCAUUCCUCAUGCUCUGGAACCUCAUUCUCACCACGCUGUGGAGCAGCCUGGACAUGGACACUCCCACAGUGGACAGGGCCCCAUUCUGUCUGUGGGGCUGUGGGUUCUCAGUGGGAUUGUCGCCUUCCUUGUGGUGGAGAAAUUCGUGAGACAUGUGAAAGGAGGACACGGACACAGCCACGGACAUGGGAGCCACGGCCACGGGAGACAGGAGUGUCCUUCCAAGGAGAAGCCCAGCUCAGAGGAGGAAGAAAAGGGAGCAGGGACAUUGCGGAAAAGGAGAGGAGGGAAUGGGCCGAAGGAUGGGUCAGUGAAACCUCAGAACCCUGAAGAGGAAGAAAAAGCAGGUUCAGACUUGCGUGUGUCUGGAUAUCUGAACCUGGCUGCUGACUUGGCCCACAACUUCACAGAUGGUUUGGCCAUUGGAGCUUCCUUUCGUGGGGGCCGAGGGCUAGGGAUCCUGACCACAAUGACAGUCCUGCUACAUGAAGUGCCUCAUGAGGUUGGGGACUUUGCCAUCUUGGUACAGUCUGGCUGCAGCAAAAAACAGGCGAUGCGUCUGCAACUCCUGACUGCAGUAGGAGCGCUGGCAGGCACAGCGUGUGCCCUUCUCACCGAAGGAGGGGCAGUAGGCAGCGAGAUGGCAGGUGGUGCCGGGCCUGGCUGGGUUCUGCCAUUCACUGCUGGUGGUUUCAUCUAUGUAGCAACCGUGUCCGUGUUGCCUGAGCUGUUGAGAGAGGCAUCUCCACUACAGUCACUGUUGGAGGUGCUGGGCCUGCUGGGGGGAGUUGUCAUGAUGGUGCUGAUUGCCCACCUCGAGUGAGGGCGGGGUAAUCUGCCGCCCCUGACUCCCAAAUAAAGACAGUCGGGAGCACUGGCCAGCGUUAACUCGCCAGAGGAAGGAGUUUUAGCCUUGGAGAAUGACAGGUCAGGGGGACCAAAGUGUUGGACACUGCCCAACAAUGUUGUUGGUGAGAAAGACUGGGAUGACCGGAGCCCACCUGGUGGUCCCUAUCCUGCUUGUUUUCCCAGAACCAGCAUGCCACAAGGGGUCCUCCAAGGUCCGACCCCUUCUGAACUGGUUUGUGGUGGCUUCAGGAAGACAGGAGUGGGGUAGACAUCAAUCGUGUGUCCUGAUUUGGAAGUUGAGGGAUGGGAGAAUGUUCCUUGGUAAAAUCUCACCGCCUGAUUUAUUUUUGUUUCUAUUCCUUUUAUAUCACUGUUUGAAUGGGUAGGAGGCACGAUGAUCAGAAAUAAAGUACUUAGAUCUGC